CAUCGAAAUAACAAUCGAAUGUGUGUCCGCAAGCAUUUGUGGGGAUGCUGGGGAAACCAGGGUGCGGGCACAUUCAGCUAACAAUCGUCAGUCGAAUGUUACAUGAUUUCCAGUAUAUUUACUGGGUCGCGCUGUCGCCCUCACUUCUCUACGAUCAUUGUUUGUUUUGCAUCCGAUCGGCUGGACACACUGCCUGCAAAGACAACCUUGCCCCUACCAAACAGCCACAAUGAAGCUUCCACAGUUAUUCGGCCAGCUGUGCCUCUCGUUCACACUGGCUGCUGCCGUGGACUUGACUGGUUAUGAGUACAUUGUGGUAGGGUCCGGGGCCGGUGGUGGUCCGCUUGCCGCUCGCCUCGCCAUGGCCGGCAAGAAGACGCUGCUGCUCGAAGCGGGUGACGACCAGGGCGCAAACCUCAACUACACCGUCCCGGCGUAUCACUCCCGCUCGAGCGAAGACGACUCCAUGAGCUGGGACUUUUUCGUGCGCAACUAUGCCGACGAAGCCCAGCAGGCCCGCAACUUCAAGACGACGUACGAGACCCCCGAUGGAGGCGAGUACACCGGCCUGAACCCUCCCCCUGGUUCCAAGAUGAAGGGUGUGCUCUAUCCACGAACCGGCACCCUUGGCGGAUGCACUGCGCACAACGCCAUGGUCACCAUUUAUCCAUUCCGUUCCGACUUUGACGACCUCGCCACCCUCACCGGCGACAAGUCCUGGUCCGCCACGAACAUGCGCAAGUACUUUGCCAAGAUGGAGGAUAACCACCACCUCCUCCCGGGCAAGGCGGGCCACGGGUACUCCGGGUGGUUGUCCACCCAGACCGCUCCUCUGACCAUCGCCCUGGGCGACCCGCAGCUCCUGGGCUUCUUCGUGGGCGCCGCAGCUGCGCUCACAAACUGGUCCACGAACCUGGUCUUCAACCUCGCGACGCUCUUCGCGGGAGACGCAAACGAGGACUCGGCCCUCCGCGACAGCAGACCCGGCAACUUCCAGGUCCCUCUAUCGACGCGCGAUGGUGCCCGCAUCAGCUCCCGCGACUUCAUCGUCGCGGUUCGCGAUGCCAAAAACCCGGACGGGAGCAAGAUGUACCCACUCGACGUCCGCACAGACGCGCUCGUCACCAAGGUCCUCUUCGACAACAGCACCACGCCCCCAAGGACCACCGGUGUCGAGUUCCGCGACGGCAAGUAUCUCUACCGCGCCAGCAGGAGGUCCAAAAAUGCCGGUCAAGGCGUGCGCGGCACCGCAACGGCUUCGAGAGAGGUCAUCCUCGCAGCCGGCGCCUACAACUCGCCCCAGAUCCUCAAGCUGAGCGGCAUCGGCCCCGCCGCCGAGCUCCAGCGCUUUGACAUCCCCGUGGUCAAGGACCUUCCGGGCGUCGGCGCCAACCUCCAGGACCACUACGAGGUCUCGGUGCAGGGGACUACCCCUUCAGACUUCUCUUCCCUCAAGGGCUGCACAUUCUCGCCCGAGACCGGUGAAGACCCCUGCCUGACGCGCUGGCAGAACCCGAUACUGGGCAACAGGGGCAUCUACUCGUCGUCCGGUUUUGCGACCGCCAUAUACUACAAGAGCAAAGAGGCAAAGGGCAGCGACUGGGACGUGUUUUCGUUUGGUGGACCCGCCAACUUCCGCGGCUACUUCCCGGGCUACUCGGUCAACGCAACGGCGCGCCACAACGUCUUUAGCUGGGCCGUCCUCAAGGGGCACCCGCGCAACGCAGCCGGCUCCGUCACGCUGCGGUCGGCCGACCCCCUCGACGUGCCCGACAUUGUGUACGACUACUUCAAGGACGCCGGGUCUGACAAGGACCUGCGCGCCAUGACCGAGGGCAUCAAGCUCUUCCGCACCGCCCUGAAGCUGCAGCUGCUCGGACAGCCCCUCCGCGAGGAGUUGCCGGGGGAUGCCGUGCAGACCGACGAGCAGAUCGCCGACUACAUCCGCGACACGGCCUGGGGCCACCACGCCUCGAGCACGUGUGCCAUCGGAGUCGACGGCGACUCCAUGGCGGUGCUGGACUCGAGCUUCAGGGUCAGGGGCGUGACGGGCUUGAGGGUCGCCGAUGCUUCCGUCUACCCCAAGAUCCCCGGUACGUUCACGGCUGUGUCGACCUACAUGAUUGGAGAGAAGGCAGCCGAUGUUAUUCUUUCACAGGAGAGUGCCUAGAAAGAGGCGGCUUCUAUAUGUUUUGGAAUUAUCGGGAAGUGCAUUGUGGGAAGCCGGGAGUUAAGGGACCAAUUUACAUAAUUAGAACGCUGUAUAUAAGCCGAGCCACGCCAUCGUGGGUUGGGUCAAUUGUUAUAUCCUAAUGAAUUAACAGUUUAACGCUGUUGAAUAACAUCAUAUACGUACUGCC